CAGUUGCUGAGGACGUCCAUUUGAAAAUAAUAUAAUUGUGAAAUAUACAACUUUUCUUCAUUUGUGUUUUCAUUUCAAUAUUUUGUUAUUGUAAUUCUUAGUAGUUUCGCUUUGUGAAAACUAUGUCACUUUUGCGCGCUUUAGCUGUCAAUUCGCUCUUAUCAUUUGCUUUUCUGUUUUGCUUUGUCUGCUGUGUACAUUUUGAAAAGUAUUGGACCACCACAACAACCACCGUCAAGCCGUGGCACGUACGUCAGCCGGGCCUAUCACUGCCAUUGCCCAACAGCCAUCCGUCCAAGUGUUGGCGCGAAGUGCCCGCCGUGUUUUUCCAAUUCGAGAAGGGCGUGCAAGUCGUAGGAAAUAGCACACUCAGUCCCUACUUCAAUCUCAUUGAGGUCUGUUGUAAAGGUUACAAACGCUAUGAUUUCGACUGGAACCGCUGUGUGCCGGAUUGUGGCAACAAAUGCCAAGCCAAUGGCUUUUGCUUAGAUGGCGGCAUCUGUCGGUGCUUCGACGAAUUUGUGCUCAAUCACCGUAACGUCUGCAUACCGACUUGUCCGCUGGGCUGUCCGCAUGGUCAGUGCUACUUAAAUGGCACCUGCAUUUGCCAGGAGGGCUAUGAGUUGGAUCCAACGCGCAAAUUUUGCAUGCCCCACUGCGAGUUUAGUUGUGCGCACAAUGAGAUAUGCGUCGCGCCGAAUAAAUGCGAAUGCGCCGAGGGCUAUACACCUGCACUGCCGCCCAGCACCAUGGGCUGCCAACCCAUUUGCAUACCGGACUGUGGAUUUGGACAUUGCGUGGCGCCGAAUCAGUGCGAGUGUUUCCACGGCUAUCAGAAGCGCUUGAAUGGCAGCAGUUGCGAGAGUAAUUGCUACAUGCGCUGCGAGAACGGCUUUUGUGCUAAUCGCACCACCUGUGUUUGUCAGAAUGGCUAUCGUUUCGACCAGAAUACGACCUCGUGUCUGCCAGUGUGUGACGAGGAUUGUGAAAACGGCAUUUGCCUUUCACCGGGCGUGUGUCGUUGUUUCAACGGUUAUGUGCGUCGUGGACCUAAGUGUGAAGGCGUAUGCGAGAGUGGCUGUGGGUUCUAUGGCAAGUGCAUUGCUCCGAAUGCUUGCGGCUGUUCUAUCGUUGAAGGACCGGUCCGCAUCUAUCAACGCUGCGCUAAUGGAAAUUGCAAUGCCAAGGGACGUUGUCGCUGCAAGGAGGGCUAUGUGCGUUUCAUUGAUCAAUGUAUGGAGCCAGACAAGGUGACCACUUAUGCCUCCACGUGGCCCAGCAAAUUGAAUGAGACUUUAAUGCAGGAGUUCAAUAUGCUGAUCGGUAGACAUUUCAUGUUUAAUUAUCCAAUUUUACCUUUCUACUAUUAGGGCCAGUUGUAGUUGUAUAGAAAAAUAGUAAAAAGUAAAUGGUUUGGUUAAUCUAAGAA